UCUGAUGUCCAGAUUUUCAUCAGACUUCCAGACCUACACAAUGGUUAUUUCAACAUGUCGAAUGUGUCCAAGAAAUCCCUGCAUGACUGCCUGUGUGUUCUGGGACUACAGCCUAAAUGACUGGAGCACUGUAGGAUGCUCCAAAGCCAACCUCUUGACGGGCUCUCUCCAGUGUACCUGUAACCACACCACUAACUUUGCUGUUCUGAUGUCUUUUAGGGAGGACCAUAAAUAUGCUGAGUCACUGACUGUGUUCAGUAUUGUGGGGUGUACUUUGUCAAUACUGGGGCUGAUAUUAACUGUGAUAUUCCAGAUUAUUACCAGGAAGUCCAGGAAGAGCGCUCCCACAAUCCUCCUGGUUAACAUCUGUGUGUGCAUGACCAUGUUCUACUUCCUCUUCCUGUUUGGAAUUGAGAAGCCCAACAAGGGGAACUCCACUGUGUCAGAGAAAAACGUCAUGCUGCUCUCUGACCACCAUCAGGAUUCUGACAAAGGGGCCUGCACUGCACUCACGGCCCUGAUGCAGUACUUCCUGUUAGCCACAUUCACCUGGAACACCCUCUAUGCAGUGCACAUAUUCAUUCUCAUCAGAAAAACCCUCUCAGGCCCACCAAGUGGAGUCCUCCUGGUAUCCUUAGUAACGGGAUGGGGACUUCCUGCUGUUGUGGUUGCAAUCUCAUUGGGAGUGGCCUACAGGGUGGAUAAUCCUUUGGGCUAUAGACGGGAAGAGUUCUGUUGGCUUCAGGCUCUGAACCAAGAUGGGAAGUUUGACUUCGGAAAGCCAAUGUUUUGGGGCUUUUUGCUUCCUGUAGCUGUAAUGCUACUUUUGAAUACUGCAGUGCUGAUAUACUUCGGAUUUGCUACGUGCAAGAAGGAUCCCCUGUUAAACAGCACUAAGAACACCUCAAUGAGGAAGAGGUUCCUGAGCAGCUUCUCUCUGGGGGUUCUGCUGGGCCUUACUUGGGUUCUGGGCUACCUGGUUCUCUCUACAGAGGGCACCACAAACUGCAUCUUCAGCAUCUUAUUCUGUGUGUGCAAUACCACCCAGGGAUUACAGAUAUUCAUUUUAUUCACGGUGAGGACGGCUUACUUCAGGAAAACAUUCUUCUCUGCCGCAAACUCCGUCUCCUCCUGAGAUUGCACUCCACAGACGGAAAUACAUUCUGUGGAGAUCCAGAAAACCCAAGACUAGUUCACAGGAGUCCUCAAGUAGUGCAGAUGCAAACCAGUCUGCAGGAACUUUCUCACAGAGCAAUACAAAUCUAAUCUAAUCCUUGUGCAUCUAUGAAGAGAGUGAAAGAUGUGGACAAGACCUUAAGAAAAUACGAGUCAAUCUAAUGACAGAUUCAAGGGUUUAUAUGUCGCAUACUUAGAUAUACUGUAAAACGUGGUGAAAUGGCAUUUAGCGGCUCAACUUUCAUGUGCAUAGGUGUCUAUUUAUAAGGAUAAAGAAGAAGAAUUUAAUAAAUAGAUUGAGAGAGAAGGGAUCCAGUGUGUGUAAGUGCAGUAUGUAAUGUAAAGUCUAUGUAAUGUAGUUUAAAAAGUGUUAUGUUAAAUGAUCAGGGGGAUUUGCUUUAGGGCAAUUGUGCAAUACUAUUUGUAUGAAAUCUUGUAAUAUUAGCAUUGUCAGUCGACACGGCACUUCGGAGAUUAUCUUUGCUGGUUUAGUUUGCAAAUAAAUCUACAUACAUUGUUCAGGGAGAAGGAUAGUGGUAUUUAUGAUAGUUGUGUAAAAUACUCUGCAACUAUAGGGGUAGAGGGGAAGACAAUAAUAAACUGCAUCCUACACCUUUAAGACAGCAGGGUAAAUGCUCUUGACGUUUUUAUGUUUGUUUCCAUUGCCAUCAUCAUGACUUGGUUGGGGUAGGAUAUAAGGAUACAGAAACAUCAUCAUGACUUGGUUGGGGUAGGAUAUAAGGAUACAGAAGAGAAAUCUUCUUCAGGAAAGGUAAUACA